AUGAUGUUCGCGGAUGGAGCGGGGAGGUUGCUGUCGCCGUGGCACCACAUUCCGCUGUACGCGGCGUGCGACACGCUGGUGCAUUUCGUGUGCACGACGCCCGUGGCGACGUGGGCGAAGAUGGAGAUCGCGCGCGACGAGGACUACACGCCUUUGCGAUUCGCAGCGUCGCAGAUGCAGGUGCAGCUGCUGCAGGGGCUGGGCCAUCCUGUUGGUACUACUGGCAAUGCCGUUGCUGCCACCAAUCCUGCCAGCAAUGUUGCCAGCAGUGCUGUCAGUUUUACUGCCUUUUCCGUCCCAAACACCAACCUCCCUUCCACCCUGCCGCCCCGCUCCCACCUGCCCAUGUCCCACCCUGCCACCCCUCUCCCGCGCACCCCAUCCGUCCCACAUAGCCCCGGCCCCUCCGCCCAGCCCUCCUUCCCGCGGCAUCCUCCCGCCUCCCCCUCGUCCCCCUUCUUCCCCUCCUCCCUUCCCCCCACCUCGCCCCCCACUCUCCCGCGCUCCCCUCUCUCCGUGGAUUCAAUCAGGGAACAGGCCAAGAGAGGGUUGAGAGGGGGGAGGAGGGGAGGGUGGGAGCUCAGAGGGGAGGUGGGGAGCGGGGCGAGAGGAGGAAGAGUGAGGGAGGGAGUGAAAGAGGGGGUGAAGUAUCUUCAGAGGCACAAGAGUGAGAACCUUUCGGCUGUGUUGAAGGUCCGCAGCCCUGCUGCUGUGCAACGGCACGCCACAGCUCCUGCAGCACGUUCCCCUCGCUCGCACUCCCCUCUGCCGCUCAUCCGCUCCCCUCUGCACCUCGCACGGUCCGCCUCCCCAUUGCGAAGCCGCAGCGAGGACACCAACCUGCCUCUGAGACAGCAGCAGCAGCAGCAGCAGCAGCAGGAACGACAGCGGAAGCCGCAGCAGCGGCACUCCGGGCAUGAAAACACGCAUGAAACAGCAGCAGCAGGUCGGCCCGUCAAGCCUUGCCCACUUCAAGGUUCUGAGGGGCUGGAGGAGGGCCCUGGCGAGUGGCGCACUGCCACCCCUCUCUUCCUCCGCUCACUUGAGGACAGGAUGGGCAUCAGCAGCUGCUUCCGGGCUCAUGAAUGGCUGGUGGCGCGGAAGAGAGAGAUAGAGCAGGAGGAGUAUGAUGAUGAGGAGGAGGAGGAGGAUGAGGAUGAGGAGGAAGAGGGGGACGAGGCGGGGGAGGAGGAAGAGGAGGGCGAGGAAGAGGGGGAGCAGUGGGAAGCUGCUACAGCAGCAGCAGGAGGCAGGGGUGUGGGGCCGCGCGCGUCCGUGGGAGGAGCAGGGAAUGGGGGAGGCGAGCGGCGGGAGAGGAGGGACUGCGGUGUGCGGUCGUUCGGUAGUGGCAGUUUCAGCUCGUGGCAAGAGGGCAGCUUCGACUUCUUACAGGAUGAUGGCGCUCGGAUGGUGCCUAGGGAGAGUGGCGGUGCUGCUGCUAGGAUGAGGCAGGGAAACAGUGUGGAGUUGACCAGGGAGGGUAGUGUGGGAUUGAGAAGGGUGGGUAGUGUGGGAUUUGGAGGAGAGAAGAGUUCUGGACUGAGGAGGGAGAGUAGCAUGGGGGCAAUGAGGGAGUGGGAUGAUGCUGGCGUGCGGAGGGAAAGCAGUUUCGGAGUCGGUCCUGCUGCUGCUGCUGCGGCAGCCGCGGUGUCGGCCUCUGCUGAUGCGUUUGGGGACGAGGGGAUUGUGGCUGCUGCUGCUGUGGUCGCUGGAGUAGCUGUGGAGCGUACGCAAGGGCUGUCCGAGUCAGACGCUCGGUGGGGUGCACUCAGGCAUGCAAAUGCUGCCCAGACCAGCAUUUACCGCUCCACAUCCACUGCCGCUGCCGCUGCCGCUUCCGCGGCUGCCGCUGCUGCUGCCACUGCUUCUGCUGCUGCUGAAACUACUGCAAUCCAUCCCUCCCGGCUGCACAGCGCUUGGGCUGGCAGUGGCACCUAUUCCUCGCCCGCUAUCGGCCUUCACCCAAGGCCGAUGCACUGGAGCAUGAGCGAGCAUGUAAUUAUACGGCCUGCCACUGCUGCUCCUUCUGCAAGCUCUCUUGGCAGUGGCAGCAGAGGCUUGUCGGCACGACUCUUCAGCACGCACAACCCCCCACCUCUUCCACCGUCAAGCUCAUAUCGAGAGGUUAUGCCAGUACGGUAUGCGGCGGGGGCUCCUGUGACAAAGGGGGCGAUUUAUAGUAGCAGGAAUGGGGAUGGUGGGAGCAGAGGGUUUGAUGGUGAUGGGGGUAUGCUUGUUCGUGGUGGCAGCGGCAUGGUGGUGUUUGGACAGGAAAUGGGUGCGGUGGAGAUCGGGGGAGAAGAUGAUGAGUUGAAAUCGCUCAUCCCGCUCACAGACAUCACAAUCCUGAUUCCCGCCAACAUCGUCGUGCUACGAAACUACAACUCGGACCAGCAGACGGCCAUUCUCUCCUUCAACACCAUCACCACGCGCUACCUCUACCGCAACCUCACGGACCUUCCCGGCGGCACGCUGCUCGACACUCUCGAGGGCACGCAGGUCACCAAGCGCGGCCCAAACUUCCAGCCCUUCGUCGCCUUCAAAGGCCCCGCCGCGCUGCCGUCCGUGCUCGCCGUGCCGAACCUGUGGGUAGGCUCGGACUUUACUAUUAUGGGGACCAGCACCCUUCUUAUUCCUCCUGGUAUCUAG